GAAAGGGUGAAAAAUGUUUUCCUGCUGACUGAUUAAAAUGCGAGAAAGUGGAAUCGUGUGCUUUGCUUUUAAUAUGACUGUUUAACGGCGGUGGAUGGACUGGGAUUUAUACAUUUUCGCGCUGGAUGUAACUAUGUAUUUAUCAAGCGGAAGGACCCUUUGUCGGAUAUAUCUUGUCGCUGUGCUGCUGAAUUGUUGCUGGGAAGCGGUGUCUGGUCAGCUCUCCUAUUCCGUCUCAGAGGAGGUAAACUCGGGCACUUCUGUAGGAAAUAUCGCCAAGGAUCUAAAUCUAAAUGUCCAGGAUUUAGAGCCUCGCAUGUUUCAGAUCGUUGCUGGAUCCAAGAGAAAAUAUUUCGAUGUGAAUCUGAAAACUGGUGUUCUUUAUGUCAAUGAAAGAAUAGACCGCGAAGAGCUUUGUGCGAAGGCUACAAAAUGUACUGUCAAUGUAGAGGCCGUGAUCAAUGACCCACUGAAGCUUUACCGUUUAGAGAUAAAUAUAAUAGAUAUAAAUGACAAUGCACCCGUUUUCUCUGAGCAGUUGCAGUCACUUGACAUUGCAGAAAGUACUUUACCCGGAGUGAAAUUUGGACUAAUUGAGGCAACGGAUUUGGAUGUCGGAAAGAACGGAGUAAAUACAUAUAAGCUAAGUAAUGAUGAUUAUUUUUCACUAGAAAUUCACAAAGGCACAGAUAGCGUGUCUGCUGAGUUAGUACUGCAGAAAUCUUUAGACCGAGAGCAUGACUCUGUAAUAAAACUCACACUAACUGCAGUAGACGGAGGAAAUCCUCCCAAAUCAGGAACUUCACAAAUUAUUAUCAACGUUUUAGAUAUCAACGACAAUCCUCCUGUUUUCAGUAAGCCUUUGUACAAAAUUAAAAUUUUUGAAAACGUGCCCGUGAGAUCUACUGUGAUCACUGUUAAUGCGACAGACGCAGAUGAGGGUUCAAACAGUGAAAUACAAUACUCUUUACGGAAAAAAGGUCAGGAUCGUGUUUUAGAUUUGUUUCAAAUUGAUGGGAAAACAGGUGCAAUUAUAGUCAGAGGUAAGAUCGACUAUGAAGAACACCCAGCUUUUGAGAUUCAUGCACAAGCCAGUGACAAAGGGCAGCCUUCGAUGUCUGCUCAUUGUAAAGUGCUGGUAGAGGUGAUGGACAUAAAUGACAACGCUCCUGAGAUCACUGUGACGUCACUUUUAAACACAGUGAAGGAGGAUGCAAAAGUAGGUACUGCUAUAGCACUUGUUUCUGUUCUGGACAAAGAUAGUGGUAAAAAUGGUGUAGUAAAAGCUGUAACUGCAAAUGAUGUCCCCUUUAAAUUGGAGACAAAUUACAAAAAU